UUGAGUCACAGGGUAUGGUCACAAGGCGGAUGUAAAUCAUAGACAGUAGAUGUAAACCCGGUGACAAAAUGUCGCAUAAAAUUAUUAAUGUGACAGUCAGGGAUGUGAGAUUCCCGACGUCUUUGGAGCAGCACGGCUCUGAUGCGAUGCACACCGACCCGGAUUAUUCAACCGCAUAUGUGGUAAUCGACACGGACUACGGGUUGAAAGGCUUCGGCUUCACAUUCACUCUGGGGAAAGGCACUGAGAUUGUGGUGUGUGCUGUGGAGGCCCUGGCUGGUCUCGUUGUCGGAAAAUUCUUGCAGGACAUUGUGAGCGACUUCCGUGGAUUUUACCGCCUCCUGACUAGUGAUAGUCAGAUGAGAUGGUUGGGCCCAGAGAAAGGAGUGAUCCACCUGGCCACGGCUGCAGUCCUGAAUGCUGUGUGGGAUCUGUGGGCGAGGGCAGAGGGCAAGCCGCUGUGGAAGCUGCUUGUUGACAUGGAUCCCAAGCAGAUUGUCUCAUGCAUUGACUUCAGAUACAUCACUGAUGCGCUUACAGAGGAGGAGGCUCUAGACAUACUCAUGAAAGCACAGGAUGGCAAGCAGCACAGAGAGGAUCGCAUGCUGAAAGAGGGUUAUCCUGCCUACACCACCUCCUGUGCAUGGCUUGGAUACUCAGACCAGCGGCUCAAACAGCUCUGCACGGAUGCACUUAAAAGUGGUUGGACCAAGUUCAAGGUGAAAGUCGGUGCUGAUCUAGAAGACGACAUACGCAGGUGCCGCCUCAUAAGGCAAAUGAUUGGACCCAGUAACACUUUGAUGAUGGAUGCCAACCAGAGAUGGGGCGUAGCCGAGGCCAUCAGCUGGGUGUCCAGCCUGGCUGAGUUCAAACCUCUUUGGAUCGAGGAGCCCACGUCUCCAGACGACAUCCUGGGUCACGCUGCUAUUUCCAAGGCUUUGGCUCCUCUCGGGAUUGGGGUGGCAACAGGAGAGCAGUGUCACAGCAGGGUGAUGUUUAAGCAGUUCCUCCAGGCCUCGGCUCUGCAGUUUGUCCAGAUAGACAGCUGUCGGCUGGGCAGUGUCAAUGAGAACCUGGCUGUGCUUCUGAUGGCCCACAAGUUCCAGGUGCCCGUUUGUCCUCAUGCUGGAGGAGUCGGUCUCUGUGAGCUCGUCCAGCAUCUGAUUCUGUUCGACUACAUCGGGGUGUCUGGAAGUCUCAGCGACCGAAUGUGUGAAUAUGUUGAUCACCUACAUGAACACUUCACCAGUCCUGUGGUAAUUCAGGACGCCCACUACAUGCCUCCCAAGGAGCCGGGCUACUCUUGUGAGAUGCUGGAAUCAACAGUGCAGAGACACCAGUACCCUGACGGAGAUGUAUGGAAGCUGAUCAUAAACAAAUGAGGACUUUAUGUCAAACAUUUAA